AUGUUGUUAUCGCACGUUGCUCUGUUAUGGAUGCUUCACAUUGGUGCAGUGCAGAGUCAGCUGUUUCCCUUCCAGGACCUUUUCAAGCCAUUUGUUAACAUCCCCAAUUUGUUCAACCGACAGCAGCCAAAAACCACAGAAGACCUGAUCGCUGAAUCGCGCUUAAAAAAGUGCUGUAAUCAUCUGCAACAAGCGGAUGCGCAGUGCAAAGCGCAGUACUGCAGCUUCGAUGCUCUUAGUGCCGAUAAGGCAUUGCUGUUCAUGACAACGUGUGGACCGCGAGGGCCAACAGUCGGUCAGAUGUGGGACUGCGCAUCAUCGAGGAAGGACCAUUCCAAGUGCUGUCGAAUGGUCGGUGUUGGGCCGGAAUGCAUGGCAUACUGCCAGACGACCAAUGGAGUGCCCAGUGAUCCAGCUAUUUAUAUGAACUGCUUGAAGUAUUUUGAUGCUGUGAAAUUAUGCUUUAAACAGUAUUUAAGCAAAAAUCCGAAUCUAUACGGAGAUCUGUAA